CUGAUGUGAGUCAUGUCACUGGACAGCUGCAGCCACCAGCACGAGUCACAGAACUGGGGAAUCAGGUAUAUAGAUCUUCAGACCGCCUGCCCGUCCUUGAAAGGGCCGUUUGGCCUGAGGUGCCUCAACCUUCCUUCCCUUACUGUCUGCUGUCUGCAUUCAGCGGGGACAUACAACUGCAUUAGCUGCCCUUCGGCCUCGGCACAGGGUGGAGAGCCAGAAGUGCAGUUCUGCUGCCGGUGGGAGUCGGGGCGACCCAAUACCCAAAAGUUGCACCCCUUUGGCAGCGCGCCAGACAACCCCCACGACUUCGGAGAAGAGACUCUCGUCUUCGAGCCUGCCCCAAAGCUUGAGCACGCGCGUUUUUUGCUGUUGAGCAACCAUUGGAAAUCACGAAGCUGAGCAACAAUGAACGCAACCUGCCAGUGCGGAAGCGUCAGCUUCAAGACGCCCACGCCGAAACCCCUGGCACUGUACAUUUGCCACUGCCAGGAUUGCCAACGGCAGACGAGCUCGGCGUUUGGCACCUCGGCCAUCUUCCCCAGGUUUCCGCUGCCAGAUGCCGAGCUGCUGAGCUGUUACAAGAGACCGACUUCCACCGGCGAGACGCUGUACUGCUACUUCUGCAAGCAAUGUGGCACUCGAUUGAUCCAUACCACGCCAACAAAGAAUGUCGGUGCGUGCCCCACUGAAACCCCUUCUCUCCUUCAGUGUUCAAGACCGCCUCGGUCCUGCGUCGUAUCCUGCCCCAACAGCGGUGUGAUAGUGCCAUAUCUCUAUACUUUGCAACACCAGCUCGGCAUGGCUCACUCUUUGCUAGUCUCCGUGAAAGCGGGUUGCAUCGAAGGUUUGGACUGGAAAACGGCGAUUCACAUUUGGACCAAAUCGGCCAUGGUCCCGAUUCCCGAGGGCUGCGAGUCGUACACGGAAUCACCCGGCCCUACCGAGUACAGCGACAGCCAAGAGGUCCUUGACCAGCCUACUAGCUUGAUCUAGAAGGCGGAAGGCAGUGUUCAAGUGGGCUGGCUUGUCGCGGCCAGUGUAUUUGAUUGGGACUACACGCGCUUGCUCGGGAUGAUGGAGUGUUGUUGACUGAUGGGGAUCCGGAAAAGUUGGAGUGCUUCUUUUGAUAUGGGUCGACCAGGGAGGCUUCGCUUCCAGAAUUU